AAAUACUAAUGUACUAAGCGCGACCCGAUGACACCAGUGAUAUAUUUAAUAUUUUUUUAUUACAAUUCCAAUAUAUAUUUUUCCACACAAUAAUACACAAUUUAAAAGCUGAAGAAGUUACAAAUGAGUAACUUCAAAACUCUUCGACUAAAUGACGACGAAUUAACAUCACCAUCUUCAGACGAAAAGAUGGACACCGGCUCUGAAUCCUUUCGCUCCCAGGACACCCCCAACUCUGUCCUCUCCUCAGACUUCGAGGGCGACCACCCUGAACCGGUCUUAAGGCUCCAAAACCCGGAAAUACUCCGGCUAUCCGAAACUGAACGGUUCAAUGACAGUUUGAUAACCAAAAUGUCGAAUCUUCACUUAGACUCCCCUCGUCCAAAAAAUCUUGGUAUUAGCCCACCGAAAUUUAGCUCAACCCUAACUUUAACUACUAGCCAUCCGUUAAUGAGUCCAGAUGAAAACUACCCGGAUUUAAUACCGAAGAAAUUGCACAAAAUUGAUGAUGAUAAGGAUCUAAGUCUGUCAAGUAUUGAAGACGAAAGGGCGAGCGACAAUACGUGCUUUUAUAGUCCUCAAAGAAAUACUUCGAAAAAUAAUCUUUAUUUUACCGAGUGCUUUGUGACUGCUGAAAGCCAGGACUUGACAGGGUUGGAUCUGACGGUUCCUCCUGAUGUGGCCAGAGUUGAGAAGGUAGAACGGAGGAAGAUUGUACCCAAAUUGAGGGAUGGUACCCCUCAGAAAGAUGGGAUGUUGAAGUAUAUUGAAGAGUCUCAUAAGCAAAGUACUCCUAAGUCUUUGCCGGUCGAUAUUGCUGUUACUGAGGAGUUUCAUUCGGUGGCUGAAUGGUGCGAGUCGCCAUCACAUCUCCGAUCGAUGCCGAACUUCGAACUGCCUAUUGAGAUGUCCAGCAGUUUAGGAAUGCAUAACGACUUAGAUUCCCCCGACGUGAUCUCGGCCUCCACACAAGAGGACAGGUCAGCAUACCAGGCGCUCCUGGACCCUUACACCGGCAGCGUGGCGCUCCGGCACACGCCGGCGCCUCACAGGAGCCCUGGCCUACAGAGGAGGAAAAUACGAUUGCCCCCCGAAGAAGACAGAUGCAGCCUGGACAGCGUGAGCGCGUGCUCCAUGGAGUCGGAGGAGGAACCACCUUCUCCCCAGGAGUUGGAGCCGCAGCCGGUCAACCAGCACCUGGUGCUCAGUGACGAUGAGGGGAGCAAGAUUUCAAAAUCAACAAACACGCUAUCAGAAGCGAGUGAUCCGAUCCCGGAGUAUUCAGCAGCUGAAGAGUUCAACAACGAGAGAGCCUGGAUAUCCGUGCCCAGGGGUGGAGGCCAUGCUACUUGUGAUAUGAAGGUGAUAGAGCCAUACAAGCGAGUGAUAUCUCACGGCGGCUACGACGGUGGCGGUGCUGCGCUCAUAGUGUUCAGCGCCUGUCAUCUGCCCGACAAUGCUCGACCAGACUACACUUACUGUAUGGACAAUCUGUUCCUGUACGUCAUCUGGACACUGGAACGCCUCGUGACAGAUGACUAUGUGCUAGUAUACCUGCACGGCAGCGCGGGUCGGAGACGUCUGCCCACCUUCCACUGGCUGCACGAGUGUUAUAAGCUUAUAGAUCGGAGAUUACGUAAGAGUCUGAAACACUUGUACCUGGUUCACCCGACGUUUUGGCUGAAAUCAUUCGUUAUACUCACCAAGCCGUUUGUAAGUUCGAAAUUCUUUCGCAAACUAUCGUACGUGCGAAGCCUCGCGGAGCUCAUGCAGAAAGUGCCCAUCGAGCCCAACGCCAUACCCGAGCUAGUUAAACAGUACGAUGCUACUAGACGAUAGAUACAUAAACUUAUAUAUAUGUGUAACAAGAAUAUUUCGUAGAGUGCUCAUAUUCUUAAAUCUUUACUUACCUAUAUUUAAAAUCAUCAUCUUCACUACAUAGUAAAAAACAAAGUCGCUUUUUCUGUCCCUAUGUCCCUUUGUACGCUUAAAUCUUCAAAACUACGCAACCGAUUUUCAUGCGGGUUUUUUUUUAUAGAUAGAGUGAUAAAAGAGGAAGGUUAACAUGUAUAAUAACAUACAUUAAAUAGUGGGGAAAUACUGUUAUCCCGUGCGAAGCCGGAGCGGGUCGCUUUUACUUAUAUAAUCGAGAGGAAACAUCUAUUGUUUGUUUGUACCCUAAAGGCUGGGAAACGAAUGAACCAAUUUGAAAAAUUCUUUCACUGUUGGAAAGCUACACUCUUCCCGAGUAACAUAGGAUAUAUUUCAUCCCAGUACGGGAAGUAGUUCCCACGGGACGCGGGUGAAACCACGGUCAGAGUAAAACUGUAAUCUCGCUUUUUAAGUGCGUCUUUUAAGAAUAAUUUUUAUACACAUAAUACAAAUAAUACUCAUAAGUUAAGCAUAUUUUUUCAGUUUUUUAAAUUAUUCUUUAAUGACUUAGCUAAUAAAUUGUUUUUCAAAACUUUUGAACGAAAAUGACCCUCAUAGAAAAUUUUUGAGCACUCUACGAAAUACUAUCAAAUUGUAAAACAAAGUAUUCAAAAUUAAUAUUUUUAUUUCUCUUUGGAGAUUAUGAUUACUUAAUUUUUAAUAUACAUAUGUUAGUAGUUUACCUAUUUAUACCAAAAAGGUGAGAUUUGGCACAGGGCAUGUAUCUCGCGGUGUACUCGCUGUAGCAAACAGUAACACAUUGCGCGCGAACAUUACUAACAUGUCCGCGACCGCCUUUUAAAUAUAAAUAGGUAAACUAUUAACUAUACAAAAAUACAAUAAUUUUAAAUAUGAAAUAAUAAAUCAGUUACAUAUAUUUUUGUGUGAAAUUUAAAUUCGUUUUGAUUAUAACUAUAACAAUUUAUUUAUUAGAGAAAAUUUUUUAGGACAUUCCAUAUCACGAUAAAUUUAAAUAUCAUUCCAAAAUUGCACAGUUUUGAGUUUAUUUUUCGCGAAAAAUUUACAUUCAAAAGAAAAUUUUUAUUACGUUUGAUAUAAUGCUGUGUUCACACUGCGAAGACUGUUUAAUUUAAUCAAAUUAUGUAAUAAAAUAUAUUUGAAAAAAAAUGCGGGAAAAAUCCUUAUUUCAAAAAGUUUUUUUUAAAUUAUCAUUUAUUUUCUUUUUAUUAUGAUUCUAAUAUAUUUCUAUGACAUAAAUAUUCUUCAAAUAAUAUAUUCACAUCAUUAAUAUUAAUUGCAAUUCAAUUUCGCAAAAAAUGCUAUUUUUAAUUCGAUUACAACUAAAAAUCGCAAGUGUGAACACAACCUUAUCUCAUACACGACACUGUGAUAAAAAAUAUUACAUAGCAAUACAUACAGACACUAAAACUAAAUAAUAAAUUAAAUAAUAAGUGUUUAUAUUGUAAUCUGCAAGCCUAUUAUAAUCUAUACAUUAUAAAGUAUAUGAAAUCUGUUAGUUUGUGCGUGCGUAUCUACAGAACUGCUGGACCGAAAAAAAUGCUACAUUAUUGAAUGCUGUUGGCUUUAUUUGUUUGUAUAAAGCAAGCAAUGCCAGGGCACAUAUUAGUGAAUAAUAUUUAAGCUCGAAAUACUGAUUGCUUUAAAAUAAAUUAAAAUUCAUUUAUUAUUAACUAUUUAGUAGUAAAUAGUUAAAAUUAUUUAGAAUUUUAUAUGCCAUAGCGUUAUAAGCAUUGAUGUUCAGUAGUUUAAGUAAAACUUUUACCGUCGUACCACAAAAACUUUUAAACGUCUGUUGAACACUUGUCUAAAAAAUGACAGAUUAUGACGAGGUCCGUUUUGCAGCCACACUUUUUUUAGACAAGUGUUCAACAGGUGUUUUUUGCAGUAAGGCGUUGAUGUUUCAAUUUAAAAUAGAUUUUGUAUGCAUUGUUAUAUUAAUUGACAAAUAUAUUAAUAUCAUCUGCCUAGCCUUUUCCCAACUAUGUUGGGGUCGGCUUCCAGUCAAACCGGAUGCAGCUGAGUACCAGUGUUCAUCUUAGUAAAAAUUUAUUAUAAUAAUUUUAUCACAUUACAAUUUGUCUCAAAGAUUAAAAUUGAAUUAGAAGAAAAGGACAAAAUAAUUAGCUUAACUAAUAUAAUAAAGCUGAAGAGUUUCUUUGAACGCGCUAAUCUCAGUAAUUGCUGGACCGAUUUGGAUAAUUUCUUCAGUGUUAUAUAGCCCAUUUACCGAGAAGGGAUGUAGGCUACUUUUACCCAGAUGCGCGGAGUUGCUCCCACGGGAUGUUAACCGCUAGUGGAAGCUUGUAUAUAUGUAUAUUUGUCAAUUAAUAUAAUAAUUUUGCCAGUAAAAAUGCACUGAUAUAGAAUUUAGUUAUAAUUUUCAAACUUCUUUUAAAACCGUUUUUUUAAACACCCAACGCCCAAGUUCGCUUACAAUAUAAACGUCAAGUUUUUCUUAAAAAACUGUUUAUUAAAAAAAAAAAUGCUUAAAAAUUCAUAUAAAACAGUUUUUUUUUUAAGAAAAGUGACGUUUUUGUUGUCGAUAAAUUUGGGCUUACCCAUGGAGAACAAAAUGACUAGCGGAGAUGUCA